AAACUGAAAAAAAAAACCAGACAAAUGGAAGAAUGUCAUCAUCCUCGUGAUAUUUGUCCUCGCCGGUUGUAAAGUAGUUUUAAUAAAUAUAUAAAUAAAAGCCUGUGGUUUUUAUUUAUUUACUAGGUAUUAAUUUAUUAUGUUAAUAAUCAAUACUAAUAAUAAUAAUAAUAAUGAAGUUCUCAUGGGCACUAAAAUUAAUUCAUUUGAUAGUAACAUUUUACAUUCACUUAUCAGAUUUGAUAGUAAUAUUAAAACGUGAACUAAUAAAUUAUAUUCGCCCUAAAACACUCAAAUGUAUUGACACAAUUGUCGAUAUAUGUGACGUAAGUAAAUUAAUAAAAUUACCAAAGCACCUGGUGAUUGUUGUUGCCUGUGAGGACAUUUCUUUUGGUGACCUUGCGAGAAUUAUUGGCUGGUGUUGUGCACUUGGUAUACCAAACAUUAGUUUUUAUGAUAGACAAGGAAUUAUAAAUAAAAAAUCAUGUAUCCUAAAAAAAGAAUUUUAUAAAUUAACGCCUAGUUUUGUAUCACGUGUUAUUUGGUCUGAUAAAAUAAAUGAGAAAUCGAUAAAUGGAUUAUCUAAUGGCGACUUAAAACAAUUAACGAGAGUUAAUUUGAUAACAUACGAGGAUGGGAAACCGGAAAUAGUAAAACUGACGCAGGAAUUAAGUGAGGCGGUGAAACGGAAAUUGUUAAAGACUGAAGACAUUAAUUAUGAUUUAAUUGAGGAGAAGUUAUCGCUGCCGUCACCGGACCCGGACCUGGCUAUCGUCACUGGCAGGACAUUUUCUACAUUCGGAUUGUUGCCCUGGCACAUUAGAUUAACUGAAUUUUAUAACGUACCAACGCAUCAUAAUUUAUCGCCACAUGAAUUCAUUAAAAUUCUCGAAGCAUUCGCUAAAUGUCAGCAACGACUUGGUACCUAAUUUAUUUAUUUAUUUAUAAGUACACAUUUUUUUUUUACUUUUUUUUGCGGC